AUGCGCGCUGCAAUCAUCGUUUUCGGCAUCACAGCCCUCACCGCCAUAACCCAGGCCAUCCCAACCGAAUCGAAGAAACGUGACCUCUACGUGAGAACUGCAUCUGCCGACGUGAGCUGUGGCAAUGACCAGGUCAUUUCAUGCUGCGACACCAACAAAAUGACCAGCGGCACCACCCACGCAGGUAUCAUGGGCGCAGGAAACGUUCUCGACGGCGUCCUUGGAGGCGCUUGCUCCCCAUUGGGUGUCGGCAUUCUUAGUGGUGGUCUGCCCGUCACCGACGCCUGCGGCAACAACGUGGCGGCAUGCUGCACGGGCGAUCAGAAUGGCGGUCUCCUCAACCUCCAAUGCAACUCCUUGAACGUUCUCUAG